GGACAUACAUCAACUUCUUGUGGUUACUUUGUGCACAUGUCAUUUAGCGAGCUUUUGUGUGUGUCUGAGAACGACAGGUGAGAGACAAUAUUUUAUAAACUGGUUUGGUCCGUUAUAGAUGUCGGUUUGAUCGCACUUUCAGGGAAAACUCUUACAUGCGAAAUACAGAUUGGUCCUGUUUAGGUUUUUUUAAGCGCUCGUAAAACGAAGAAAAAUAUGAUUAGAUGGAUGAAGUUGCUCUUGGUUGGCGAUGUAAGAAUAAACUUAGUUAAGUCCUUUAGUUAUAUUAACAUGCAUAUUCUCUUCACAGUUCUUCAUAUAUUUCUUUAGACACUAUAAGGAGAAUUUGUUUGACUAUCAUUUCUUUUAUUCUCACGUCUUUCUUGCUUGAUUAACCAGUGAAAUAGUAACGAGAAAUUCGAUGUUGGUCACUUUUAAGACCGAAAGGGUAACUGAUGAAGAACUGUAAUUAGUAGGCAGAGGAACAACCUAGGAAAAGGAGCGUUUUUUGUCAUUUUUUAAUGAACCAAAGAUUUUCCAAUAGUUCACGAAGUACUACGAGUUCUCCCUGCGACCUGCUUUCAUGAAUGAUUAAACAAAUUCAAUUAACUACUGGUGCCUCAACAUCUUUCGCAAAUAACAUUUGUUCCGUAGAUGCAUACCUGAUCUUUUAUUUUACGUGAAAAUAUCGAAUUCCUGUGUCUUAUAUAUACCACUUCAAGGAGAACGUAGAUUAAUUGACCAAUUUCAAACUAAUGCUUUAUCUGUAGAGUUCCUGCUGAGCACACUCCAUUCGUUGAGAACUUUAGAUAUGAUUAGUUAUGUCAUUCUGUAAUAACACAAUAAAGACAAUUUCUUCUGGGAGCCCUCUUCGUCGUAGUAGUUGCUUAAGCCCCCUACGUUUCACCAUGCAGUCGCUUACGAGAGCUCAUUCUCGUAAGCUCUAGUUACGACCAUUUUCUCGAAUUUCCGAGGUGGUCGCUUACGAGAGCUUCGACUGUACAAUGUUUCUGUCUUCUGAAAAUUAAAAAAUUGUUUAAUUUCCUGAUGGGUUUAGUCUUUAUUUAGUUUUUUAGUUUCACGUUUUAUUUUCUUCCAUAUUUAGCUACGUGUGGUGAGAGACCAAAGUGGGCCGAAGAAGACAACAACAAGAGGAUCACAGGAGGCCAUGAAGCUAAACCUGGCAGCUGGCCCUGGAUGACAAACAUCUUUAUAACGGGGCUUGGAGAGUAUUUCAAAUGUGGUGCCGCUCUUAUUUCGGACCGCUGGGUUCUCACAGCUGCCCACUGUACCAUCGCCAAUGUUGGGCCAAUGAUUGCACCUGCUAGUAAAUACCCAGAGAUGUUGAAGGUAAUAUCUCAGCGUCUUAUUUUCUCCACUUUCGAAUCAAAGCAGUAGAGCACCUAGACCGUUCAGCUACUAUGGUUAAGGUGACAAUAACGAGAUUUAGACUCGCGUUUACGGCAAACGGCAAACGUCAGAUUCAAGUGGAAAAUUUCUCAAAAUAGAAAAUGAGCGGAUUAAAACAGUCCAAUGCAAUUCUUGUGGAUAAAACUAGCAUGCCAAACUGCAAGUAUUUGUGUAGAAGAAAUGAACAGUAAACGACAAGAAAAGAAAAAAACUUGGUCACGUGGUACAAAUCGAAGUUUGCCGUUUUCCGUAAAGGCGAUUCUAAAUCUAAAGAAGCUGCGUCAAGAUAUUUAUCAAAGCUCAAACAGUGAACGCUUCUCCAAAGUGAGCAAAACAAUAAAAGAAGGCACGGAUAGUGGACAAUCUUGAAGAUUUUAAAAAACGAAUUGCAGUUGCUGUUGCGGUUUUUGACUUGUUAGCCUUACUGUUUUUCAAAGUUCAAUUUUGGCAUUUGAAACACUUGAUAUCAUGCUUUGGGAGAGGUAUUUGUUUGAUAUACGAAGCUGUCGUUUUGUUAUUUACAAGUUUGUACUACUACAGGAGAAAUUUCUGCAAUUUGAUUGGCUUAGAGCAGUGGUAUUUCAGCUUAAUUUGAAAUACCUACAUAUGAAAAUUACAAGACUUCUAAGGGUAGUAGUAUAAACAAUUAAUACCACGAUUUGUACGUGAUAUUUGGCAUAAAUACCACUUCACUACAAAUCAUGCUAUUACCUAUACAAAUUCCUUGCUAACGUUAAGUUUCUUCAGUGAUUUUGUUACAAAUUGUUAUGGUGAGUCCUAGGACUCAUCUUGUGAACAAAUCAUGAGUCCCACUCCAGACCCAUUGAGUCCCAGUUCAAAAACCAAUAAGUCCUACACUGAAAAUGCUUGGGCGUUUGUGACCAGACAGAUAAAAGAUAUUCUUUUGUAAAGGACAACGAAGAAUAAAAGAAAUUAAUAUGCGUCGUUAAACAACAGCCACAAGAACAGCCACAGAAAUCACACGAACAGGAUAUUCUACAAAAACUUCUUCAGAUCGAUCGAUCGGUCGAUCGAUGUUUGCGUCCUACGGGACGCGUGCCAUGAACUUUUGUGCAUCUUUGGCGAUUUUAUGCGUCAGGGACGCAAAACGAGGAGGUAACAAAAUCACUGUUCCUCAGCGAAUAAAGACGCGUUCAGUUGCGCGGCAAUAUCAACCCAGUGGACUAGACAGCCCUGACAUAGCUCCUUAGAAACUUAAACGAGAAGCCGAAGUAGUGUAGCCCGUGUACAGCUACCCGCACGUACAGAAUGUCUGCCCAUUUUCGUCCACAAUGAUCUUUCCUGUUGGUUGACUUUCAGCAACGGUUUUACUUUUUUAUUGCAGUGAAAGUAAAAAAAAAAAUUCUGUUACAGCCCUGAAGUGCCUUUUCAGCCUUUUGAUCACAAAAUACACCAAAACAACCCCAACAAAAGCCUAUUCCAGCUCACACUGAGACUCAUUUCAGCCCUUGGGUCCAAAUUAGCCCUAGGUAUAUUGGACUGCGUAGGCCCUGGUUAAGGGAGCCACGUAAGAGAUUCUGUCUUGAUUUUACUCACCCAUGCAGCCCAAUUUACAGGGCUUAAAUAGAUCUCUCUGAGUAACAGUGUAUUUGUUUGAAAUAAGCGCUAGAUACGUCUUUUAGAUUGUGAAUAUGCUAUCCUUCUUUGUACAACUGCUGGGUUUGUUGACUAGUAAUUCCAGUAAAACCGUUUAAGGUCAAAUGGAGUGAUGUUCGGUAUCAGAACAUGAAAAUGAUUCUUAAAAAUAUAAGGCGACUUAAGCUAAAGAUAAGCUAGAAAUCAUUCAGAUUGCUGAACAUUAAUAAUUUUCUGCAAUCUGAAUGAAUGUUACCUCAUCCAUAGUGAAUACGUCAAACAACAACCAAAACAGUCGCAAACUAAGAUUAUUAGGUACGCAGGAAUUUAAACACCGUUUUGUUUAAAGUAACAGAAUCCUAGUUAUUCGCGGUAAUGUACAAAGAUGAGCUAGAAAUUAUUCAGAUUGCUGAACAUUAAUAAUGUUCUGCAAACUGAAUGAUUUUGGGCUCACUUAUAAUGAUGAAAACAAAAAUCAAAACAGUCGCAAAACUAAGAUUAUUAGGUAGGCAGGAAUUUAAACACCGUUUUGUUUAAAGUAACAGAAUCCUACAGUUAUUCAAGGAAAUGUACACAGUGCUUUUUAUUUUAAGAUACGCGUUGGCGAGCAUAACAUGGACCAGGAGGAAGGAGAGGAACAGGACAUAACAGUGAAAAAGGUGUUUUUACACCCCAAAUGGGAUAUACGGAAUGAAACCACGCCAAAUGGACAAAAGAUUCUAACCACACACGACAUUGCCUUGAUAGAACUUAGCAGACCAGUUCAGUUCACCUCUAAAGUGCGGAGCAUGUGUCUGGACAAUGGACAACUAUUCAAGGCUGGUAAGGCGUACUUUGCUUUUGCAAAGAUCUUUUACAGUGAUACUCGGUAGUAAGGCUACGUUGGCGAAACCAAUCAUCACCAGAACCAUGAAGACUUUCAUUAUAGCGACAUCAUUUGAACAAUGUUAAAGGACCCGUCUACUUUCUUGGAAGGAAAUGCUAACAGGCUACUCCCCGUCGUUAUUAAAGCUCCACGCAUUAUAAAGCUACAUUAAAAACUUGCUGUGACAACCAUGAAUGAGGGGAAAAGGUGGUGGGGGUGGGAGGAGAGAGAAGAAUCUCCUUGUUUGAACGAUUUCCUUCACUUGAGGGGCAACGAGGUUUGGGCGUCAUUUAUUCUGCAACUUGUAGCAGUCUACAAAAAUUGAAAUUUGUUUUCCUACAAAAUGUGUCCGUGCGCUCCGGAUCGAAUUUGAAAUAGGACGUGGUGGUUUUUGAGGAGAGGGGAAAACCGGAGUGCACGGAGAAAAACCUCGCGGAGCAAGCAAGAAAACCAACAACAACUCCACCCAGAUAUGGUGUCGACCCUGGGAUUUGAACCCAGGCCACAAUGGUAGUUGGCGAGGGCUCUCACCACUGCGCCACCCUUGCUCUCCAAAGAGCUAACAAGUUCUGUUUUCCUGUAGGUCAACUGUGUUACAUCGCGGGUUGGGGAACAGAGAAGAUCAAAGGACCUCCCACAAGAAUACUGCAUGAAGCUGCUUUACCACUGGUAUCACACCAGCAAUGCAACGAGCCUCAGUCAUACAGUGGUAUCAUUCCUGAGGACAUGAUAUGUGCAGGCUACAAACAAGGGGGUGUGGACACUUGUGAGGGUGACAGUGGGGGUAAGUACAGAUCACAAGAGGCAGAUACCAACGAGAGGUGUGGUCACCAUUGAGGGGCACAGCACGGGCAUGGGGAUAUGAAUAAUUGAAAAAGGCACAUACAUGAUUUCCUUCCUUCUCGUCGAUCUUGAGCUUUUAAGACAUACGAGAACGAGAUUUUCUCAAACAAAGUAGUGCGCACGUGUAAAUUGGCGGGAAAACGUGAUAGCCGCCGUCAUUCUACUACGAGUUUUAGCGAAAAAGUCGUAAUGACGGGAACAAGUUACAAAAUGUUAGAAGUAUUAUGAUUCUGCGAUCAGACGAGGGCUUAACCACCUUCAAUAAAAAUAAACGUGUUACUUUCUUGGCGGAAAAAGUUAAAAAUCAAGUUUUCUGGGGUGUCUAAGAAUUCUCAAAAAAAACUUUAAGUCAUCAAAUCUCGUCCUCGUAGUGGUCCUCAUCUUAAAAGGUCUCUUUUGAGAUGGAAGACCAUGGAAAUUACCUAACGACUGCCCACUUUGUUUUUCUCUGUCUCUCUUGAGCGAUUUUAAUUUCCAGCCUGAAGUGGUUGUUUAUGUUGUUAUUCAAAAAAAUAGACUGCAAAUUUUGUCUUCACUCUUAUGGAUCAUAGUUCUUGUCAAAUUGUGACCUCAUCUGUGAUCUAUUACUGAACGAACACACAGUAAGAUUGAAUCUCUCUAUUAAAUAACCAAUUGAAAACUGCUGUCUAUUUGUUGAAAAUGCAAAGUUGAGAGAGGCGGCUCAAAGAUCAACCAACUCCCCUGUUACACGAUUGAACAACAAACCGUAAAGUAGCUUCAGACUGAAAGUGACUGGUAAAAAAGAGGGCUUACAAUAACACACGACUGACUGACUCUUCACAGGACCUUUGAUGUGCCAAGGAACAGGGGAAAAAUGGUAUCUUACUGGAGUGGCGUCUUUUGGUCAAACAGGGUGUGGUGUGCCAUACAAGUAUGGAGUGUACACAAGAAUAGUGAAUCACCUACAGUGGAUUAAGGAGGUUACUGGUAUGAAUAUACCACAAGCACCGCCAAAUAACGUCAUGCCUUUCAUGACAGAACAGAACACUUGGUGGGACCGAUAA